GUCCUAACGGUCUUUUGUGACAGUUGGUGAGAGAGGAGCAAAAUGAUGGAGAUUCUGAGCGUUGGCAUGCGAAAAAGAAGAAGAGAAGAAGAAGAAGAGAAAGAAGAGGAGAUCAUUUCCCCUGGGUGCAGCCCUGAAUUCAAAAGGGCCAAGCCCCAGGGUGAUCUGCGUGGGACCAGCACCCCUACAGCUGAGGAACCGGUGCCAGAGGGGGAGCCAUGGAACACCCUGACCAACCUGGCUGAUGCCCUGCAGACCUUCAGGGAGUAUGGAGAGGAGUGUUACCUCUAUAAAAAAGGCCUGGAGGGAGGUUAUCAGCUGGAAAAUUUCCUAGAAAAUCAGAAGGAAAUAAAUUCAACAUCCUGGAACCACAUCACCACCCUAAUGAUUAAUGUGCACAGGUACCUGAGAUUGGACUUUCAGACCCUGUGCCUGGGUAUCAACUUCCUGGAGCGGUAUGUGUCCUGCACUCCUACUGACCCCGACACCCUAACAAGAGUGGGAGCCACUUGCCUCUACAUGGCUUACAAAGUGGCUGAAUUACGGUACCCCCUCCCCCCCAAGCUCUUCCUACCUCUGUUUGACUACAGAAUGACACCAGCUGAAAUGCGUCACCUGGAGAGAACCAUCCUAAGGAAGUUGCUGUUUCGCCUGGGGGUACCAACCAUUGAUUUCUUUUUGGAGCACUUCUCCCUGUUGAGACUGACCAACCAGGAGGAGUGUUCCCCUGCCCAGCUCACAAGAGCAGCCAAAAGCCUAACAGCUGCCCGAGGCAUCGCAGCACUGUGCCUGAACCAACAUCAUGAGUUCUACAUGCACCAACCAUCUCUCAUGGCACUGUGCUGCCUCAAUGUGGCAGAUAAAAUCUAUUCUUAUAACAACCCUGUCAAAGUGGCCCCCGACUACCCAGAACACCAAAUUAUUGAGUGCAUGGAAAAGAUCUGCCAUCUAGUUACUAUAGGCCACUACUUUUUACAUCCGCUGCUCCCAGGAGUUUAUCCACAAAUAUUUCCAGCUUUUAAUCCUCCCACCACAAGGCCUGCAGCAACACCUAAGGAUAUAAAUUCUCCUGGAGUAAGAACAUCAGAGCAGGAGAGGGGCCAACAUCUACCUGAAGGCAGAGAGAGAACACCAGAGGUGGCAACAACAUCCAGGGACACAGCAGGUUCCCAGCACUUAGAGAUGGCAGAAAGAUCCAGCCAUUCUCAGGACAUGGAAGGGGCCGGUUAUGUGCUACACAACACAUACUGGCCCACUGAUCUAUACGGGCAAGUAUAUAUGCACCCCUACAUGCCAACACCUCCAUACUGGCACCCAUACAUGGCCCCAGUUUCCUACUGGCACCCAUACAUGCCCCCAUUUCCUUACUGGCACCCAUAUUUCCAGCACACAUUUCCACACAGGUAAACAUACAAACACACAUACAUGCUAGCAGUUUAAUAUAGAGUGCUAGGGUACAUCUGGGUGAGAGUUAAUGGGUUGAUUUUGAUGAGAGAGUGCACACAUUUCCACACAGGUAAACAUAGAAACUCACGUACAUGCUAGCAGUUUAUUAUAGAGUGCUUGGGUACAUCUGGGUGAGAGUUAAGGGGUUGA